GCCCGGGACGCUGCCUCUGGCUAUAAAGAUUGGUCGCCGCGGCUGGGCUCUAUCUUGCCUUCCUCCAGCCCAAGCGCUUCUUCGUCUCUUUUUUGCACCUCCAGGCUCACCUCAGCGAGAAAUGGACCCCAACUGCUCCUGCACUGGUGGCUCCUGCAGCUGUGCCGGCUCCUGCAAAUGCAAAGACUGCAAAUGCACCUCCUGCAAGAAGAGCUGCUGCUCCUGCUGCCCCCAGGGCUGUGCCAAGUGCGCCCAGGGCUGUGUGUGCAAAGGGGCAUCUGACAAGUGCAGCUGCUGUGCCUGAAUUGGGGGACCCCCAGCUCCCAGAUGUAAAUCGAGCCACAUGUACAAACCUGCUUUUUUUUAUUCCACCUCUUGCCCCAUUCCCCACAUUCCUUUUUCUAUGAAAUAUGUGAGUGAUAAUAAAAGUUGUUGAUUUUAUUAUGAUUGUUUU